GAACCGAAUUUUGGUUUGGCGCAACUCCGAGUGUAUCAUCUUCUUACAUUACCUCUUUAGGGCAUUGCUUUAAUAUCUCAAAACCAAAGAUUUUGGAGGGAAUUCAGAAGCUUUAAAUUUCUGUUUCAAAAAAAAUCUGAAAGAAAAAAGAAUUCUCGAGGAAGAAAUCUCAAUCCUGAUAAUCAUUUCUUGACAAGCAUUGCAGAGCUCGAGAAUCAUCAUCAUCAUGGCUGCGACUUUUUCAUACAAAACUGUAGUUCAACCGAAGAUGGUUUCUUCUAAAACCCUAGCAAGUCCUCGUUUUUUUUCGAGAAUUUGUUCUCCUGCAAGAACUUUUAAUGGAUCAUUGGUAUCUCGAAACAAAGGGUUUUGUGUCCCUGCACUAUGUGCUGUGCCUGGGACUGUGAAUUCUGUCGUUACGGUUGAAGACAAGAAGAUCGAGAAUCCGAUUAUCGUCAUUGAUAAUUACGACAGUUUCACUUACAAUCUUUGCCAGUAUUUGGGAGAGCUGGGUUGCAACUUCGAGGUAUACCGAAACGAUGAACUUACCGUGGAGGAGUUGAAGAAGAAAAAUCCAAGAGGAGUGCUUAUAUCUCCAGGACCAGGUGCACCUCAAGAUUCAGGGAUAUCAUUACAAACUGUUUUGGAGCUUGGACCUACAGUACCUUUAUUUGGUGUUUGUAUGGGAUUGCAGUGCAUUGGGGAAGCUUUUGGGGGAAAGAUUGUGCGCGCUCCUUUUGGUGUUAUGCAUGGGAAAAGUUCUCCUGUAUAUUAUGAUGAAAAGGGGGAAGAUCUGUUCUCAGGAUUGUCUAACCCUUUUACUGCGGGUAGAUAUCAUAGUCUUGUGAUCGAAAAUGAGAGUUUUCCUAGUGAUGAACUUGAGAUUACAGCAUGGACAGAGGAUGGAUUGAUUAUGGCUGCUCGUCACAAAAAGUAUAGGCAUCUUCUGGGUGUUCAGUUCCAUCCUGAAAGCAUCAUAACAACAGAAGGUAAAACCAUCGUUCGAAAUUUUGUCAAAAUGAUUGAGAGAAUUGAGGGUAAAUCCCAAAAGUGAAGUUUCAAUGCAAUAUUAUGUUUACGGAGUAUUAAACAAUGUCUAUGAUGUACUGUAAAGCAGAGCAAGGGAGGUUGUAAAAAUAAAAUGGUCUGUAAUAGCACUUAGACCAAAAUAAAUCAUACAGUGUUCCAUUUUCA